GCCGUCGCUUGUAGCACACAUGAUAAAGCCGGGGCAGGAACACAUCUCGAGGCCCACCACCACGACCAGUACAGCGAAGUUGUAUAUUUCACCAACGGGGGGCGGCGACCCCAGUCCACCUAGUUGCGCCUGGCAGAACUACGCUGCGGCUCCCUUCCCGAGAUGCGCACCGUUGCCGAUGGAGGAAAGCCAAAGAUCGCCACCACCACACCACCGUCGUCGACAUCAACCCGGCGGAAGACGGCUCUGGACUUUAACCUUCCGAAGGGAGACAAUUUUUUCAUCAACUCCAGGAAGCAGCGGCUGCACCUGCGCACGUUCCUUCCCGAGAGCGGCGUCGAGAUGAAGGCCCUGUUGUUUUGGUACCACGGCUACGCUGCCCACAUCAGCGGCCCCACCUUCCGGGAAUUCGCGGAGGGCAUGGCGGCCGAUGGGUACGCCGUGAUCGCCGUCGACCAGCAUGGCCACGGGUACAGUGACGGCGCUACGGUGCUCAUCAACGACUACAAGCACUUGUUGGAGGACAACAUAGCCAUCCUGGACGUGGUGACCAGAGGGACUCCGGAUGGGGAGCGAAGUAACCUGGGCUUGGACCCCGACAUUCGCGACAAGAUGACGCAGCUUCCGUUUUUCUUCGGCGGUCAGUCCUUGGGAGGAGGACUGUCUCUGUUGAUGGCCAUGCAGCUGAAGAAUGACACCACCAGGCCUAACGUCGGCGCCCGGCUCCUCGGGGUGAUGACUAACUGCCCGGCAAUCCGCGCAAACCCUCCUAAGGAACCCGUGCUCUUCCUCCUCAAGCACGUGAUCGCCCCGCUCUUCCCGUCCAGACAGAUCCCCAAGUUCAUGGAAAAAGUGUCGUUGCCCGAGCUCGUGUGGCUCAAGCCGGAACACAUCGAGAUGGGAGCCCUGGACAAGAUUGGCCAACCCGGGGGGCUUGGAUGGCCCGGGACGAUGCGCUUCGGAACUGGCUCGCAAUUGAUAGACAUGCUGGGUGAGCUGUACUCGAGACUCUCCGAGGUCGACUUCCCGUUUCUUGUGCUUCACGACCCGGAAGACGGGAUUGUGCGCUUCGAAGGCACGCAGAAGCUGCUCGACGAGGCUUCCACCCCGGCUGACGUCCCCAGAGGCAAGGAGGUGAAGGAAAUGCUGGGGCUGAAGCACGACUUGCUCUCGAACGCCACCACGCAAAUGUUGGCGGCUUACACCGACUGGGGGGCUGCGCGUCUUGAAGCAGGCGCGCAGCAGCUGACUUGAAAUGGAUCGACGGGAUGAGGCGCCUGCGCUCUCGUCGGACGUCCUGGUUCUCUGUCCUCCUUGAAGCGGUUCUUUGAACGCUCUGCGGGAAGACUAUCACAGGAGUUGUGCUUGGUGCCUGUCGUGUUUGUGUGCCGUUUGAUAUCUGGAUUGGGGGACUAAGUCCGGAGGCGGCCGUGCAAUUGUCUGGAGCAAUACACAAGUAGGUCGGAGAUCCAAUGCUCCCCCCCCCCUCCAGCAGCAGACCGCGACAUGGUUUGGGACACUUUCCCGAUACGAGCAUCAGUGCACCUGUGUGGUUCUUUCUCUAGGACAGGUCUUGAUUGGGCCGUGUUGGUUACAAAGGUAUUGCUUGUGUGCAUGUUGCAGUCGGUUCACUUGGGGAUCAGGCUGGGUUGGGGGUUUGUUUUCUUGCUCUGGUGUUGGGUUCGUCUGCACGGCGGUACAGCAACAUGCGAAGUAUUUUGUAUUUGUAUUGAAUAGCGGUGUAUAUUUUUUUUGCGCCCGUCCGCCGGCGGCGUACUGAAUGCAGAUCAGAGACGGAUGUUCGAAUGAGCUGGUAGAUGUUGUUACACACCGGUGUGUUGAUGUGGUAGGUGUCUCGCAUCAUGGCCUAUUUUGGAACUCCUGUCCCCGCUGGAAUGCCACGAGGCGACGUAAGGUUGCUUGUCGUCCUGGUUCUCCCAUAUGUAGUGCCGGCCUUCGGGAACUGCUGGGUAGACACCCGGGAGAUAGAGCGAAAGGCAGAAGUAGGAGUUCCGUGAGGGAUUUAUCGACAUUCUUGAAUAGUCUAGUCAACAUAUCCUGCAACAGCCGUUCACUCUUAUCAU